AUGGCCCUGGCGAUAAAGCCACCCCAGGACCGAAAACGUGUAAAGGUCUACGAAUUACGAGAUAAUGACUGGUUUGACCGCGGAACGGGCUUUUGUACGGGUGCGAUCGUCGAGGACAUCCCGAAAAUAUUCGUCGAGUCGGAAGAUGAGAAAGGUCGUUGUCUGCUGAAUACGAGCAUUGGAAAAGAUGACGGAUAUCAAAAGCAGCAAGGUGCGGUCUCUUGGGCAACUGGGCAAACGGCUCUGAUUCUGAUUCGAUCUUUUCUUCUCAUAGAAACACUCAUCGUCUGGACCGAGGCCAAUGGAACCGAUAUGGCGCUUAGUUUCCAGGAGGCGGACGGAUGUGCAGCAAUAUGGGACUAUGUCAAUAGCGUUCAACAUCACCUGCUCGCUUUGGCUGGAGAUGACGCCCUCUCCGACGAAGCCAUCGAGGCAUACCAUCAAACUAUAAUGCUUCCAGCACCAGAACUCGGAAAUCUUCCUGAGAUUGAACAAGCAGUGCGAUCCGCCAGCCUGUCGCAAGUCGGCCGCGAUGCCUUGGGCAAAUUUGUUCUGAGUGAUAAUUAUAUCGAUAAAUUGAUACCGCUGGUCGAAACGGCAGAGGACCUCGAGAGUCUACCUGACCUUCACCGCUUAUGCAAUAUCAUGAAGUCUUUGAUUCUAUUGAACGACAACAUUAUCAUAGAGCAUGUGGUCACGGACUCGAUCAUCAUUGGCGUCGUUGGCGCACUUGAAUGUAACUACGCGCAUCGCUAUCCCACGCAAGGCACUUUACUAACUGUCGCAGAUGACCCCGACUUUCCUACCCAUAAAGCUAACCAUCGGCAAUACCUCCAAGACCAGUCACGAUACAAAGAGGUCGUUCCCAUGAAAGAUCCAAUGAUUCAGAAGAAAAUCAGACAAACAUGGCGGCUGCAAUAUUUAAAAGACGUUGUCCUAGCGCGCAUUCUCGACGACCCGACCUUUUCGGUUUUGAACUCGCUCAUAUUCUUCAAUCAAGUUGAUAUAAUCAACCACAUUCAGACAAAUGCCACUUUUUUGAAGGAACUCUUUGCGAUUUUUGAUCCCCGUAGUACAGAUCAGCGGCGAAAGGACGAUGCGGUCUGCUUCAUCCACCAGUGCGCUUCGAUCGCGAAAAACCUACAAGCUCCUGCACGCGCUCAGCUUUUCUCACAGUUCAUUGGCCACGGUCUCUUUCCAGUCAUAGCCUUUGCCGUUAAACAUCCUAAUCCGGCAAUGCGCACUACUGGCAUCGACAUUCUCGUUGCGCUACUGGAUCAUGACCCGAUCAUGAUGCGCGGGUAUAUGCUGAAGGCUGUCAACGAAAAGAAAACACCGCUCACGGAUACACUGAUUGAUUUGCUGCACACUGAAGAUGAUCUGGGCGUCAAGAAUCAGCUGGCCGACGCCAUCAAAGUUCUACUUGAUCCACAACAAGUGCAUAUACAAGAUCCUAUGGGCAGGCUUGGGACGGAGUUCCCGGCCAAGGCUCGCCCUGCGAAUCAGAUUCCUGAUGCUUUUAUGCAAGUCCAUUUCGACGAAUCCGCAAAACGACUUUUCGCUCCUCUAAAACAGCUAGAAGGACGUCCUUCUCUUACCGACUUGAGCUUCCAGGAUGUAUCACUCCAUGCUCACUUAGUAGACAUAUUGACUUUUUUCGUUCGGCAGCAUUUAUACAGGAGCCGCACUUUUAUCCAUGGAGAAUCUCUGGCUCCUCGUGUGGCACAGCUCUUGACUGUGCCGCAAAAGCACUUGAAGCUCACUGCUUUGAAAUUUUUCCGCACUCUCGUCAGCCUUCAAGAUACUUUUUAUCUCGCUCAGUUGACACACAAUAAUACAUUUGGGCUUAUCAUUGACAUCGUUUACGAGACCAUGCCGCGUGAUAAUCUUCUGAAUUCGGCUUGCUUAGAAAUGUUCGAAUACAUCAAGCGCGAAAAUGUCAAGCCCAUCAUCACCCACGUGGUUGAGAAAUACCGCGACAAGCUGAAAGCGAUCACGUUUGUCGAUACAUUCGAAAAGUUGAUAGCGCGUUACGACGAAUUGCAAGGAGAUGGGAUUGAAGCAGACACUACGCUUUUCAGCCAGGAUGAAAUCACACCGGCUCAGCGUGGCGCUCUUAAUGGUCAGCGCUGGCAAGGAGUUCGCGAAAUGGAUGCUGCUGAAGAGGAGUAUUUCAACACGUCAGAUGACGAGGAAGAGUGGCCACCUGAAGCACGUCAGGAAGGAUCGGCUAUUGCCAAUCAAACAACCUCGCAUGUUAGACUAGUGGACUACCCUGAUGACGAUGACGAAGUAAUGGAUGCGAAAUCUGAAAUAGUAACGACGGACAAACAAGAAAUCGAGUUACCCGAACGCAAUCUUAUAGAUACAGACGUGUCUUCGACGACGACUUCAGCUCGCCAGAGCCCGCCAGAAAGGCUCUCGGAGAAGCGUCGUCGCGAUGACGAAGAUGACGAAGAUGAGUUGGUGCGACUUGUACAGAACGGACCCAAGCGUCGAAGUUCGAGCGCAAGCUCUACCGCUUCAAUGUACCUACGUCGUCGACAGAACUCCAUUGAGCGUAAAACGAAAAACUCUGUGGGCGGCGAAGUGCCUAGCGCAAACGCAGCCCCCAAGAAAAUCGCAAUCAAUCUUAGUCCAGCCUUGAAAACACAUGUCACCGUUGAGGCUGAAGCGAUUCAACUCAGCGAUUUCAAGCGAGAUGUCAAUGGUGAUGAACAUGAGCCAGCGAAGGAUACGAAUGCCAAUGAGAAUACUACACAGAGCUCCUGA